AUGUUGACAUUCAAUCUUUUGACCGCAUUGCUGGCACCAGGUGUGCUCUCAGCUGCCUUGCACCCUCGCCAGGAAGCUGAUCUUGAUGGAUUCAUCAAGAAGGAGUCUGCUUUUGCUCUGAAAUCCAUCCUGGCCAACAUCGGCGCCGAUGGAUCUGCCGUUUCUGGAGCAGGUUCCGGCCUUGUGAUUGCAUCGCCAUCCAAGUCGGACCCCGAUUACUUUUACACCUGGACUCGUGAUGCAGGCUUGACAUUGAAGGUGUUGAUCGACGAUUUCCUCGCCGGAGAAGCCUCGCUGGAAUCAACCAUCCAGGCCUACAUCACUUCCCAAGCCAAGCUGCAGGGCGUUUCCAACCCAUCCGGCGACCUCUCCGAUGGAAAAGGACUCGCAGAGCCCAAGUUCCAAGCCGACGGCACCGCCUUCACCGGCGCAUGGGGUCGUCCUCAGCGCGAUGGCCCCGCUCUCCGAGCCACCGCAAUGAUGACCUACGGUAACCACCUGAUCGCCGACAAGAAGGACGUCGUCAAGACGAACAUCUGGCCCAGCGUGCAGAACGAUCUGAACUACGUCGCGCAGUACUGGAACCAAACCGGCUUCGAUCUGUGGGAGGAGGUUGAGGGCUCCUCUUUCUUCACUAUUGCCGCCCAACACCGCGCAUUAGUAGAAGGCAGCGCAUUCGCCAAGGCACUGGGCGAGACCUGCGAGGGAUGUGAUUCCCAAGCACCCCAGAUCCUGUGUUUCCUUCAAUCCUUCUGGAACGGAAAGGCCGUUGUUUCCAACGUAGCCAAUAACGGCCGCUCCGGUCUCGAUUCAAACUCCGUCCUUGCUUCGAUCCAAUUGUUCGAUCCUAAGGCUGCUUGCGACGAUGUCACCUUCCAGCCUUGCUCUGCUCGUGCUCUCUCCAACCACAAGGAAUACGUUGACUCGUUCCGUUCGAUCUACGGCAUCAACAAGGAUAGCAAGGCUGGAACUGCCGCUGCUGUUGGUCGUUAUAAGGAGGAUACUUACAUGGGUGGAAACCCAUGGUAUUUGGCAACCCUUGCCGCAGCUGAGCAAUUGUACGACGCUCUUUACCAGUGGAAGCAGCAGAAGUCGCUCUCCAUCACUGAGACAAGUCUUGCCUUCUUCAAGGAUCUGGAUUCGUCUGCCGCUGUCGGUGACUACGCUAGCGACUCGGAGAAAUACAAGUCUCUCACCGCUGCAGUGGCGAAAUACGCCGAUGGAUUCGUGGCUGUUGUUCAGAAGUACGCGCCUGAAAGUGGAGCUCUGUCAGAACAAUUCAAGCGGGAUGACGGUACCCCCACCUCUGCUAAGGACUUGACCUGGUCUUAUGCCGCGUUCUUGACUGCUGCUGAGCGACGUGCUGGAACUGUUCCUCCUACCUGGGGUGCGUCGGGUUCUAAGGUGCCUGAGAAGUGUGAGGGAAGCUCGGCUAAGGGUACUUACACCGCGCCUAAGGUUCCCUCUUGGUAG